GGGCAGGAGUCGGGGCGGCGGCGGCGGCCUCGGCCUCCCUGUCGAGGCUCCUUCUCUGAGCCUGUCCGCCUCAGCCUGUCCGCCUGACCCCGCCGCCGGGCCCGCGCAGCUCCUCCUGCCCGGCGCGGCCAUCGCACGGAGGCGGGCCGGGCUCGUCGCGGCGGCGGUUGGAACCGAGCUGGCACAGCAGGCUCGCAGAUGGGUCAGGGGCUCUGGAGAAUUGCUAGAAACCAGCAACUCCAGCAGCAAGGAUACAAUGGACAAGGCUAUCUUACCCGAGAGCAUGGUAGGAGGAUACCUGCUAACAAUGUUUCCAAUACAAGCCAUCGCAAACAAGCCCAAGGAGGCAUUGACAUCUACCACCUGUUGAAAGCCAGAAAAUCUAAAGAACAAGAAGGAUUCAUUAACCUGGAAAUGUUGCCACCAGAGCUUAGUUUUACCAUUUUGUCAUACUUGAAUGCAACUGAUCUCUGUCUAGCAUCAUGUGUCUGGCAGGAUCUGGCAAAUGAUGAGCUCCUCUGGCAAGGGUUGUGCAAAUCCACUUGGGGUCACUGUUCUAUAUACAAUAAGAAUCCACCUCUAGGAUUUUCUUUUAGAAAAUUGUAUAUGCAGCUAGAUGAGGGCAGUCUCACCUUUAAUGCUAACCCUGAUGAGGGAGUCAACUAUUUUAUGUCCAAAGGCAUACUAGAUGAUUCACCGAAGGAAAUAGCUAAGUUUAUCUUUUGCACAAGGACACUGAAUUGGAAGAAACUGAGAAUCUACCUUGAUGAAAGGAGAGAUGUUUUGGAUGACCUUGUGACGCUGCACAACUUCAGAAAUCAGUUCUUGCCAAAUGCACUGAGAGAGUUCUUCAGACACAUUCAUGCUCCUGAAGAGCGUGGGGAAUACCUUGAAACUCUCAUUACAAAGUUCUCUCACAGAUUCUGUGCUUGUAAUCCUGAUUUGAUGAGAGAGCUUGGCCUUAGCCCUGAUGCAGUUUAUGUACUGUGUUACUCUUUGAUUCUACUUUCGAUUGAUCUAACAAGCCCUCACGUGAAGAACAAAAUGUCAAAGAGGGAAUUCAUCCGGAAUACACGACGAGCUGCACAGAAUAUUAGUGAAGAUUUUGUAGGGCACCUUUAUGACAACAUCUACCUUAUUGGCCAUGUGGCUGCCUAAAAGCACAAUUUGCUAGCACUUAAAAUUUAUAAUUUUCAAAAAUUACAUCAAUUCAAGAUAGUAAUUAUUUUGUAGAGAUGGGGGUUAUUUUAGUGCUGGUCAUUCUAACCUCUGUACGCAAUCAAAGUCUGUGUGUGUAUGUGUAAACUACCUUUUCUAACUAUUUUCUGUGGGAACAGAAGGAUUUUUUUCAUAUUUGUUUUUAGUUUUGCACAAAACAAUGCCAUUAGUCUGACACAGCCAUUAAUGAAUGUUAAACUGACAUUACUGUCUAACAAAGUGGUGAAUUUGUGCUUUAGAUCUGCUUGAAACUUAAAGUUCAUUUUUUUAGAAUACCAUGUAAUGUGUAUAUAUUUAACUAAAGAGAUUUAUAAUCAUAAAUAUUUUAUUGUAAAGUAUUUUAACUAAAAUUUCUCCUUUUAUCUCUUAAAUUACUGUUUGACUUUYGUUUGCAUUUUUUUACAAUGCUGACUACCUCAGAUACCUAAGUUAGAGUAACAUUGAUCUGAAUACUACAAUAAAGUUCAUUCUAGAAGAUGAUAGAACUUGUAAAAUAUUUAAGCUGGUAUUUUAUACUGUAUUUAUUAACUUGAAUUAGCAUGUUGCCAAUCUGCUAUUCAUUGAGUUUUAAAGAUCACAGGCUCUAUUUUAGAUGAACCCUGAUGCCAUACAGGGCUAGCCAGGGGGAAUCAUGCAAUGUACAGAGAGGUUUAUGUAUGUUACAUACAUAACCUAUUUUGCAGAUACUAGUUUUGGGAAACAGAGCAAAUACAAUCACAUAUUCAGCACAACAAGCAAGGAGAAAUCUGAACAAGGGAAAGUGGUAGGAGUGACUAACGUGUUGCURCUUUCAACUGGUUCCCUCAGUCUGGAAGUGUCAGUGAUGGAAAUGCCUUGGCAAAUACAUACCAGAUGAGUUGUUGCUAAAGCUGUUAAAAACUGACAGUGCAAGAUUAGAGCAGUGACUGUGUGGGAUUGGGGAGCUGUUUCAGAGUCAGAUACUGAAUUACUUUGUAAAUCUGUCAUGUAGCUAGAUUUUAAACAGUUAUAGAUUUAUGGAAAUACUUCAAAAAUUACUUGGUCGACUUGUGUCUUGAUAUUUUUUAAAGUGUGGAGAGUAUUAGCAAUGCAACUGCUGUGCAUGUGCAGAAAUUGAAUAAGGAUUUGCCUAGUUUUUGUUCAGACAACUCACAGAGCAGUGCUUUUCUUAAAUUGAUAUAACAUGUAGUUAACAUCUUGAAGUAAGAGCUGUUCCUGAUUAUGUUUGUUUACACAAUGUUCAGCUAUCUGUAGCAUCUGGAUACAUCAUGGUAACAAGUAUAUUUACUCUUUCCUUGCUUACCAUGAGGUGAGGUGGGAAGGUAUUCUUAAUUUGUAAAAUAGAACUAAUGGAGUUUUUAUGUAGAAAGCCUAUUGCAGGACUGAUCCCUCACAGUCAUACACUUUGUCUAUGCUGCUGCUUUCUGUUGGGCAACUAGGGAGUGUUACAUUUGUUUUAGAUGCAAGAAGAGUCCGUACAAGGGCUACAUAAGUGAUGGGAGGGAAAAAAAUGUAGCUAUUACUGCUAUUUCAGAUGUUUGUAGCUCUGUCCACAAACAGAAAUGCACACAGAAAAAAUACUUUUUUUUACUGAUUUAUUUAAUCAAGUGUAAAUGUCAUUGCAUAUAUGUAGCAUACACAGCCAAAGCCAGGAGCCAGCAGUAUUGUGGCUGUAUUCCAGACAGGUUUACAGUAUCACUUGCCUUGCUCAGGAUUACUUCUCUUCACCCUGUGUUGUGUCAUGUAUUUUAGAAAGUCCAAGGAUGUGUUCUGCAGUGGUCAAUUAAACUCAAACAGAAAUAAAGAGUAUAUGGUAUGGUGAGGAGCUUUGUUUAAGGUACAGGUAUUUGCUCCUUAUUACCAAAAAAAAAAAAAAAAAACCAAAAAACCUUUUAACAUAAUUUGUAAAACCAACAAUAAAGGACAAGUGUCUCUGGGCUCCUUAAAGUGAUCUUAAGUGGAGACAGCAGGAUACAGUUUUCUAAGAAAUGCUCUUCAAGUUACACACAUUAGAAGAAGAAUGUAGUGAAUUUUGAAAUUAGGAGURUUCUUAUUAGAAAAUAUCUUCUCCUCAAACCACAAAUGCAGAGCAAGGCCUAAUUCUUUUUUGACAUAUGUUUAGGUUGACAUAAGUGACACUGAUUUUAAUUUUGCACUAAUAAGAGCCUAUGAAUUGUUAGUCUGCAUUUCUCUUAAUUUCACGUUACCCUGAUACAGAGUAAGGCCUCCAGGCAGGCAGAAUAUGUUUUUUUCUGAAUAGCUGAGUACAUCUAUUAGCACGAUUUGGAAAACUUCAAGGCCAAUGUAGCAGCCAAGAAGAUAUAUUAGAAACAGGAUGAUACAACUCAAGUUUCCAUGAGACAAAUCCAGGAGAAACAAAACCCUAAUGACAUGCAGAUAACAGCAUCUGAUCUUCACCAUAGGAUUUUGAACAGUUUUAGAUGAUCAGCACCCUACUCAUGUUGUAUAUUAUUUUACUAACACAGAGUUGAAUAGAAAACAGCAAACACAACAUGUCAAGUGUGAAUUCCCUCAGAGGCAGCCACGAAACAACUAAUUGGUAUAGACAUUUAUUCUGUCCUUUAUCUGGUUUAAGUCUAUCUCUUAAGUGUCUGAGAAGUAAUUUUUUGCAUUUUAGCCAUCUAGACUUUACACGAAGUUGUGUGAUUUUCUGUUUUAAAAGGAGAAAAACAAGUCUUAAGCAGGUGUAAUAGUACUCUUAAAUACUGAGAAAAAUUCUGUUAGCUGUCCUCCAGAAACUCUUUGAAAAACAAAGAUUUGGGCAGUGUCUUCUUCAAUGCACUUGGUGCCUCCACGCACAUUUUAAAAUAAUGAUACUUCAUUGAUCCAGGUGUCACUAAAUGAUGUGAUGUGGAAAUAGCUACUUGAUCAAGCACUUCAAAAGACUUAGGUAUAGGAUCUCAAGCCAAAUUGCAUGAGCAUGAUCAUGCUUUUAACUGCAGAGUGAUUCCCAAACUAUUGUGAUUCCACCACUGCAUGUCCUUUGAACUUUGGCCGUGUGGUGUUGCCUUAUCUCUUAACUGUAUGCAUUGUACACAGCACUGAAGGAAGAAAUGAGCCUGCAGCCCAUCCCCCCUAGCUGUUCUGGUCCUAAGACAUUGGAAUUGUUCUGAAUGGCCAUUUCAAAAAGUUCGGUAGCUUCAGUAUACACAGAUGUGACAGAAGGAAAACUGUUUUCUGUUCAUGUCAGGAAAAUCAGUGUACCUGUGUCCAUGUGUCACACAUACAGCUCAUGUUUGCCUUUAUUAAAUUCUGAGGCUCUGACUGCAUUUAUUGAAGGAAUAUAACAUAGAUGUUCACAUGGCUUAGCUAUAGACGGUGUCUGAUACUACAUGUUUUCUCAAACUCUAUUUCUGUCUAGAAUACUUUCCAUUCAAACACCAAGCAACAUAUAUAUACAGCUUUGACUUUUUAAAAUAAAUCAAAGCUGCUUCAACAUACAGAAGCCCAAACAAAUACAAGUUUGAGACAUGUUUGUCGACUUUUAAGGAAGUGAGAAAUUUGCAUUCAGGAAAAAAAAAUUUGAUUUGUUCUCUUUAACCUUUCCCUUCCACACCCCCACACUAAAAAAARAAAAUGUAAACAGUUUGAAAAUACAGCUUUAAGAAAAUAAACUGACUAGCUAGACAGCUCAAUGUUACUAUUUCCUCUUCAGUAUUCUGCAGUUCAUCAAAGUCCUUAGCAUAAACAAAUUUAUCAACAGGAAUUGCUCUUUUUUGAAGUGGUAAUUGUUUCGUUCUCUGUGUAAGGAUGUCAUUGUGCAAUCUUGUUUAGAGUUCUGUUUUUAGAAAACAAGUAUUAUUUUAAGUACUUAAACAAAAUUGAGGUAUACCUACUUGAUCAUGUUAAAAUUAUGAUAAAUACUUAGGAAAGUCAGAUUUACUUGCCCUCUAUUGGAUUAGGAUUUUUUUUCCUUUUCAAAUAUUUCAUGGAUUUAUUAAAACUAAUAAACAUUUAGGCUGAUGACUUGUUCUCUACCAUUGUAAAAUCUACCCUCUAAGCUCAAAAGCACUAUUAAAAUGGGCAAAGAUCCAACAUAAAGUAUUUCCUGUCUCACAUUAUGGUUUCAUUUUGCCUUAGAGAGAAAUACAAAUUUUAUAAUUGCAUAUAACAAUGAUUUUAGUAGGAUAAAAUUUUAUGUGAUACUGUCAUAUUUUUAAUGAGAUGUUUAAAGUUCAGACUUGCCAUAUGAUGUGUAAUUAAAUCAUAAUCAAAUAGCUAGGAGUAGCUGGAGAAGUGUGUAUGUAAAACUUAGAACAGAUCACAUUGCUCCUUCAUCACUCAGUGGUUUUGCUGAUCUUAAUGUUAGUAAAUUUGCUUUCUUAUUCAUAUAAAUAUGCUUAGAGAAAAUAGUUAAACUGAAUACUUCCAUUUCCCAUGUGAAAUUUACUUGCAUUAAAAACAAACUUUCUGUACGUACUAUUUUAGAAAAGAAAAAAUCUUCAGUUCAUUGAAAGAAAAAAGAGACUUAAUUUUUAGUUGUGUGGUUCACUCAUAGAUCCUAAUAGAGAAAACAUGAUAAAAGCACUUUUCAGAUUCCUAACAAUCCAAAAAAUGCAUUUUUCAAGCUUGAAAGUACUAUAUGUGUACCUAACAGAAAUCAAGCAUAUUUUUGUGAAAGCAAUAUGGUCAGGAUACCAGUUAUUUUCAGGGAGAGUAUUCAUUUGUAAAAGUUAGCUUUCUUCUUGGCAGUGUUGGAGUGGAAUGUUGGAUUUAAUUUAAAAUGAUUAAUGAGACUUUGUCAGACUCCCUGCCUUUACCACCACUGCAGUUUGUCAGCACAACAACCUGGGAAACCCGGACGCCACUCCGUCGCCCAAAACUGCUUUCCAGGAAAAAAUAAACCCGAGUAACUAGUGCCAGGUACGUGUCGAUGGUAUUGUCUUUCAGCUGUUGAAAGUUUAACUCUAUGCUGGGACAUUUACACAUUCUGAGAAAGUGAACCUCAUUUGUUAUUUCAAUAGUCUGUUUCUGMCAGUGAAAAGCAGUGUAAACUUUAGAACAAGCAUAGCUGUUACUAUUAACAUUAUGGAAAAUCCUAUAAUCCAUGCAGAAGAGAUACUCUUAAAAAGGGGAAAAAUAUGUGUCAAAGCUUAUUUAGCUAAUUUUUUUUCUGGAGAAAGACCAUUUAUUCAAUCUGUAUACUGUAUUCUCUUAGGAGGAACUCAUCCUUUGAGCACUAUGCAUGCCAGUAGAUUGCUGAGUGGCAAGAAAUGCUCUUGUUGGACUUGAGGUAGAUGCAGCAAUGUGUGUUCCAAGAGCCAAAAUCUGAUGAGUUUGCAAUACUUUUCAUAUAUGACCAUAACAUAAGAAAAUUACUGAUUCUUUUCAAAUGUAAGGUUGAUUUUGAAAAUUAUUUACAACUUCUCUUCUUUGCUUUCCUUGUGGAAAUUUGUUCUGUUGGUCUACAGUUUGAGUAUUGCGUUUUCUUACAYGUGAAAUAUACAAUCCCUGAAAAUAUUAUUUCAAUUUCAAAAGCGGCCUUGCCCUUCUGAGAAAACAUUUGGCUGCUUGUGCUGUGCAAGUCCUCCUUCAGUCACAAGAAACUGACUUGCAUUCACUCCCAUGGACCCCUUUAUACAUCAGUACUAUCAACUCAGCAGACAAAAAUCCUGCAGGCUUCACAGGUGGUAAAAAAGAGUUCAUACUGCUCUGCUGCACCAGGCAGAACAUACUCCUUUACGGGGCAUGAUGGCACAUUUAUUCUUUAAUCUUUGCAUUACUUUUAUCUAAGCCAUUGCUUAUGAGCUAAAAAAAGUAUUUUCAUAGCUGCAGUUUCCAUCUUCAUAUCCAGAAUUCAGACUAAUAAUUGUCAUAGUUACAUGUAACACAAUUGAACUGAAAUAUAUUUUUAUAACUGGAGAACUUCUUGAAUUUACUUGACUUCUGCAGCAUUAAUCAUCUGCAUGACAACACGAAUGAGAAAACCACAGAACUUCUUUACAAGUGCUAAAGAAGUACAUCUCUCAGAGUGCUUUUAGUAACAAUCAAGAUGCUAUAUGUUUUCACAUUAAAUGUAACUUCUUAUUUCUAUAUUCCACUUAGGAAUUUAUAUCAAUAAAUGUAUUUAAUACUUUUCCAUGCCGUCUGAAGUCUGACAGUAUCAUUUCUGAUUUGUUCUAGCAAAAGCUGACUUUUUUGGUUUUUUUCCAAUGGAAUAGCAGAAAAAUUUAAAGUAAAUAGUCAACAUUUGCAUCUAUCACUGCAAAAAUAUGGUAAAUGCUUGAAUCUUUUUUCCCUAUAAAUAAGGCUUAGAUAUGCAAUGAAA